CCCAGUUGGGCACGGACGCACUACAGGCGACCUAAACAUGGAGACAGCAGGCGCUGGAACUGGGCAGCCGGCCUCUGGGCUGGAGGCUCCGGGGUCCGCGGAUGACCGGCUUUUCCUGGUUAAAGGUGGAAUUUUCCUUGGUACCGUUGCUGCAGCGGGAAUGCUAGCUGGAUUUAUUACAACAUUAUCAUUGGCUAAAAAGAAAAGCCCUGAAUGGUUCAAUAAGGGAAGUAUGGCCACGGCUGCAUUACCGGAAAGCGGGUCUUCCCUUGCCUUGCGAGCUCUGGGCUGGGGCUCACUGUAUGCGUGGUGUGGGGUUGGUGUGAUUAGCUUCGCAGUCUGGAAAGCUUUAGGAGUUCACAGUGUCCCAGAAUCAGAGAGGUCUGGGCAUCAGCCAGGCAGUUGUACUCAUAAUCCAUGUCUCUAUGGAUGAAAGACUUUCGAAGUAAAAUGCAAUCAGUAUUUCCAACAAUUCCCAAGAACUCCGAAUCGGCUGUUGAGUGGGAGGAAACAUUGAAAUCCAAAUGAGAUGAGCAUGGAUGAAUUUCAAAAUGCUUGUUACAGAAAGGGGUGACUCUGGAGACACCAUGACAGCAAAAGGACUGGGACUGAUUUCUCCCAGGAACAUGGGCAGAUUGCUGACUGAACCAGUGCACUGGAUAGCAUUCGGCCUCAUCACAGGAGAGUAUGUAUGUGCGUGUUGGGGGAGGGUAAAGUUUUCCCAAAGUUAAGAAGUCUAUUUAAAAAUAGUAAUUACAGGAAUAACUUCCUUAUGUGGAGGGGAUCCCACAGGAAAUGAUUCUGUUUGUAACAGUUGAAGCAAGUUUCAUACUAAAAAAAGUUUAUAAUAAAAGUAUGAUAAGAAAAUAUUUAUAAAAUAGACCCCCUAAUAGCAAUAGUACUGCAAUGUGUCUAAUUAAAGGAGUUUCAAGAGCCUUUCUUGUCAGUAUAUGACAGAACUUGGAAAUCUUACUCUGAUUAGCCAGACUACAAAGCGACAGUCACCUGGUAAGUCCUGUAUGGUAGGAAGUGGGUGUGGCUCUCAUGUCCUGAAUGUGGUCUGUGAUUUACAGCCAGCACACACAUGCUAGUUAUUUACCUGAUGCCCUUGCUUGAAGGCCCUAUAAAUUCUUAUACUUAAAACAAAAAGCCAGUAAUGAGUUGUGAUCACCCCAAAAGGCACAGCUGGGCUAAAAUAAUGAUGAUAUCAGGGGUAAACAUAUUUUUUUGAGAAGUUGGUCUGGAUCUGUGAACACUGACAAUUUGUCAUUUUGUCUCAGUUGUCGAAGUAAAAAAAGCCCAGUUGUCAUCCGUCUUCAAUAUUUUUAACCAGAAAGUCACCUGAGUACUGAGUCCCAAUAUAAAGUAUUUGGUACCACCUCCCUAACAAAGCUGUUAGGGUAAAUUCUGUGUGCACGCCCAACUCCCUCCUGUCUUCCACAGUCUCCUACAAAAAAAACAGAUGGAGAAUAAUGUCUACGUGCAAUUAUUUUUACUGCAAUUGUAUUUUAAAAUAUUUUCAAGAAGAGAAAUACUUUAAUAUGUCAGUAUGUCCAGAGAAAAAACCUGUAGUUAAAUAUCAGUUGUGCAAUUUCUUCCUACUUGUCUAGGCUCUAAUUAGUCAGCAAUCAGGUUUAAUAAAGGACAUUUGAAAUUUC